AUGGAAGGUACAGAACUGGGUGGCGACCAGCAAUUCUGUUUGAGAUGGAACAAUUUUCAAGCGAAUAUAACUUCUCAAUUCGAGGCACUGCGCGAUGAUGAGGACUUCGUUGAUGUCACCCUGGCAUGCGAGGGACACAGGCUCGAGGCCCACAAAGUGGUUCUAUCGGCCUGUAGUCCUUAUUUCAAGGAAUUAUUUAAAAACAAUCCAUGCCCUCAUCCGAUAAUAUUCAUGCGUGACUGCGAGGUGUCGCACGUGCGGGCGCUCUUACAGUUUAUGUACGUGGGUCAGGUGAACAUCGCGCAGGCACAGCUCAGCGCCUUCCUCAGGACAGCCGACGCGCUGCAGAUACGGGGCCUCACGGACUGCUCGCAACACAAUGACAAAAAAGUUAAUAGAAAGUCGCCACCCUCGCAACUACGUAAUUUGCUCAGCGCCAAGCCGUCACAUUCUACCUCCUCCUCCAAAGCCGCAAGCCAAAACGUGGAAUCGACGUGUGCCGAUGACCUCGAGAAGGGUGCGAAUCGCCGCUCUGAGAUAAAUUCUCCCGAUGCUGCCAGAAAUAAUCUCAACGAAGAAGCUUCCUUUCAAACUUCUAGUCAAACGAGGCCUAAUAAUGACGAUUUUAACCAAACUUCAAACUACCCCACAUUGAGGGUGAAAACUGAUCUCGAAGCAACUGAAAUUAAUAAUGAAGAAAACGAUAUCCCAAUGGACCCCGGGGACUCUGAAGAAGCGGACAAGUGUCAAGACUUCACCGCCGCGGACCUUCUGGAACCCAAGAUGGAAGUCAUGGAGCAAGAAGUCAGUGACGAGGAGCGCUCCAACUUCCAAUCAUACUUCAAUGAAAACAACGCUCUAGCCAAUCCCAACCCUUUCGCCACUUUACAAGGUAACAUCGAUCUCAUGGCCGGAAUGAAUUCGGAGCUCCGGGACGAAAACGUCGAAGGGGGUAGAUGGGAUGCCCGACGUAGCCGGCCUGUGCCAGACGCCGUGUGGCUUGAACAGCAUCGCCGAGCUCUGCCGUUCGUGCUCAAACGGGAGAACGAGAGAGCUUCCGCACCAAGAUUUAUAAAGCUCGGCGAGGGUGUCGAGAUCCGCGAGGAGUUGCUGCGCGGCGUCAAGUGGGGUGACUAUAGGAAGGUGACCCGCGGGCUGGCGGCCGCUUUGUUCUCACCGAUGGAGCUGGCUACUUGCUCCGUCACGGGCCAGCGAUGGUCGAGGGCCGGCCAGGAGUCGAGGCCCACCAAGCCGCCUUUGGAGAGACGCCGCGUACACGCACUCAUAUCCUACGUCAGCAGGCACUUCCCCGACGUAGAGGUCAGCCGCAUCAAGCAGGUGCUCGCAUACAAGUGCAAGGAGAACUGCGCCGCGCUGCGCAUGAGGACGGCCAGGCUGUCGAACUGUUUCAGCGAGUCCAGUAAUUACCUCCUGAGCGCGGUGCGGCCGUGCGACGACCCCGCGCCGGCCCCACACACCCCGCAGCCCGCGCACACUCCACACCCGGCGCACACCCCGCACACAGCGCAGCCGGCGCCCUCGCGCUCGUCAUACGCGCACUAUGAGUCGCCGAAGGGUGGCGGGGGCGGCGGGGAGGCGGACGGUGCCGACGGGCCUCAGUGA